GGGGCGAAUGACUGGCAAUUUUACUGCAUCUGGGAUUAUAGAACAAAGAGCGGCUCCCGGACCUUUCCCUCCCCCAUUCCGUUGGGGCAUUUCGCACAACGGCACCGAGAGCAGUUUUCAGUAAAAUACUCCUGUAUGUCACUAUCGAGUAGAUCCGGCAUCUGGCACGUUGAAUUAUUCCGUUUUGUCCCCAUUUACCUCUGCUAAAACCCCAGGGCUCGGGACCCCACCACCUUACAAAGAGUUAGGUAUUUCAACUCGACGGCGACCAGUCAAAGAGCUGCCCGUUGCUGGGUGCGUCUAGCAUCUUCAUUCGAGGGGAGACUGUCCCUCUGGUGAUGAUGGCUCAUACUGUGAAACAGUGCAAUGGGAUUCGCAAUAACACAAAAGUGGAGCAACGAGCCCCGCCAUUCUCUGGGAAGGAUGACCUCAUCUCCAGUUUAGUGUCUGCCUUGGACUCAAUGUUUUCAGCACUUUUUCAGUUAAAUGCUGAGGUGGCCUGCAUUGCUUUACAUGAAGAAACGAUCUUUAUGCUGGGUACGGAGAAGGGGAGAAGCUUUCUCAAGAAAAGGCAAGAACUCCAAACAGACUUUCAGAAAUUUUGCUACUCAACUGUAACUGUGAAUCCUGGUGCUGUCAACUGUCAUUUACCCUCCACAACACAAGGGGGAGCUCAAAAUGGCUGCUGGAACCAUCUGAAUGAGCUGCGGAGUCACGUGACUACACAAGAGGAAACUGAAGGGCAGAAUGGAGUCGGGAGGAGUUUUUCUGAUGGCGGUGGGUCUCAAGGUGCUGACUACGACCUUAUUUCCUGUGCACAACGUUCUGUUUCAUCUGACAAGGAUGUUGCUGGCAUUGAACUUUCAGGUCCCUCUGUGAAGCAGCAGGGAGCAGCCCAGGAAAGUGAAGACAUUAAAACUCAGAAGGAUUGUGGAAGAUGUGAACAAAAAUCCUCUCCAGAACCAGUGUCAGAUGUGUACUUGCUCAGAAAGAUGGUGGAGGAAGUGUUUGAUAUGUUAUAUAAUGAAGCAGCGGGGAACAGCAUACCUGUGCCAGUGCCUUAUGACAAGCUGUUGAUGGAGCCAGACUCUUUCCAGGUGCAUGGCUUGCCAGAGGGAGUAACUUUUUGCAGACCUGCAGAGUAUGAUGCCAAAACCUUAAUGAAGAUUCUAGAGCAAAAUCACUGGAUUCGCUUCAUUAUGAAAAGAUCCACAGAUGAACCCCUUCGAGAACUUAAUUGUAUUGGCAGUUUGAAUUGUGUGUCUUCAGCUGGCAAAACCAGUCGAAGUCUUCCAUUACAGAACAAUCAAGUUGUUGAGAAAGCUCAUUCCCCUCCUACCACUCACAUGACCACAUGCCUUUAUAACUUGCCAGUGACUACACCAGGUUCUGUGGAGCCAAAACAGGAAGUGCCAGUGAACGUUCAUUCAGCAGCAGAGAACAGUGAAGCUCAGAACUCGAGGCCUUCAACUCAUCAGAAGCCGUCUGAUGUGGAAGACUACAGAGAUUCUGGCCACAGUCCAUCAGUUUCUGGCAAUCAUGGUCCUCUCAUUCAGAAUGUCCAUGUGUCCAAGCGCCUUCUGUUCUCCAUCGUUCAUGAUAAAACAGAUAAAUGGGACACAUUUAUCAAAGAGACUGAAGACAUCAACACUUUACGAGAGUGUGUACAGAUUCUGUUUAAUAGCCGAUAUGCUGAAGCCCUUGGUUUAGACCACAUGGUGCCAGUUCCAUACAGAAAGAUUGCUUGUGACCCAGAGGCAGUGGAAAUCCAUGGAAUUCCAGAUAAUAUUCUUUUCAAACGACCAUGCACUUAUGGUGUGCCAAAGUUAAAACGUAUCAUGGAAGAGAGACACAAUAUAAGUUUUGUCAUUAAAGUAGUAAAGUUGGAAAGGAAACAGGGACGCAAGAACACAGCUCUCAUCUGGAAGAUCUGCCUUUGGAACCAAAUGAAGUGCUCCCCUUAGAUUCCUCAGCCACCCUUCAGGUUAGCAGGUCUCAGAAGAACAGUCCUUUGAGAGAGGGUGACCCAGGUACCUCUGUAGAGCUGAACUGUGCCAGACAAAUUAAGACAGAACCUGAUGAAGCAGACAUUAUUCAAGUCACCAUCCCUGAUCCAUCAGGCAGUAAGUUAGAGGAUGCAAAGGAACCUGUUCCAAACUACGCAGAGCAGAUAUCCACAGAAAGUGCAGAAUAUCUACAAGAAACUUCAGCAGGCUCUGAUGGGAUACUUGAGGAAGAUGGCAGAUUGGAUGAAAAACAGCUUGAAGAGUCCCUCAUCGAUACCUUGUGUUGCCUGAGAGAGCAGGUGGAUAGGCUGUUCAGUGUGAAGUAUGCUAAUGCUAUGGGUUUCCACCAGCCUGUAAAAGUGCCAUACUCCAAGUUUCUAAUGUACCCUGAAGAUCUUCAGGUGAAGGGCCUACCAGAAGGAGUUUCUUUCCGAAGACCCAGGUGCUUUGGGAUUGCUAAGCUGCGUCGGAUAUUAGACGUCAGCAAUCAGAUUCAAUUUUUCAUUAAAAGGCCAGAACUGCUAACAGAAGGACCAAAAGAAUCUGUCCCUGAGAAUGUUGGACCUGGAGUGACCCAUGAAAGCAGUUGUCAUGAUCUUAUUGUAGAAGACCCUAAGAAACGACAAGGUAGUUAUCAAGAUAACUUUGAUCCCAAGCUUUCUCGAUUUGACAUUGCCAAUACAUUGAGAGAGCAAGUUCAAGAUCUUUUCAACAGGAAAUAUGGUGAGGCACUUGGUAUCAAAUAUCCAGUACAAGUCCCCUAUAAACGGAUAAAAAGCAACCCUGGGUCUGUCAUCAUUGAAGGGUUACCACCAGGAAUUCCAUUCCGAAAACCAUGUACCUUUGGCUCACAGAACUUGGAGAGAAUACUAGCUGUAGCAGAUCGAAUUAAGUUUACUGUUAACCGACCUUUCCAAGGACUUAUUCCUAAACCUGCACCCAGACGAAUAACAUCGUUGGAAAAAGCAUAUGCAGCUUUGCAUGAAGAUGAAGAGUCAAACCGACUUGGAGAGAAGGUGAUCCUCCGUGAGCAAGUCAAAGAACUUUUCAAUGAAAAAUACGGUGAAGCACUGAAUUUAAAUAGGCCAGCAUUAGUACCAUACAGACUCAUCCGGGAUAAUCCAGACUCCAUUGAAGUAACUGGCCUGCCAGAGGAUGUUCCGUUUAGAAAUCCAAACACCUAUGACAUCGGUCGACUAGAAAAAGUACUGCAGGCCCGCGAUCAGCUCAGAAUAACAAUAAAAAGUCCUUUGCAGGCCUUUUCAGAAAUCAGCAGUGAAUCAACUAAAACAACAAAUGACUUUAUUCAGAGGCGAAAACGGAAACGUGUCUCAGAAGACAGUGAUGUCCAGCCUUCUUCCUCUUCCACUACCUCCUCCUCAUCUUGUUUGCCUCCAAAUAUGGAUUCCAAUUCAGCUGUCAGCCAGAUCCCUGUACUGCAGUGGCCAAUGUACAUGCUAGACUAUGGAGGCGUGAACAUGCCGAUCUCCAGGCCUGUGAAUUAUUAGAAUGGCGAGUGAGAACACAUAGCGGAAAUGUUCUACCACAUACCACACUGUAAUUUUUGUACUAUAGACCUGUAAAUUCAAAAUGUCGGACUGCCUUGUAGCGUUUUCAAAGAAGUUUACAUUGCAUUCAUGCCAUAAAGGCCUUUUUAAAUAAAAUAAAAGUGCUUUGCCUUGUUCUAAUCUA